CUUAAGAUGAGACAGCAGGGCGAAACUUGGUUGACGUAGCCCAGCAACAUCGUAUCAAAGUUGAUUAGCUGUAGUUUUGGCUAACUCGGGUCCUAUUUUUCUCAACGAUUACUUAACAUACAACAGCCCGCAAAGGAAACACGUUGUGUAUUUUUAUUGUUGUUUAAAAAUAGUCUUUAACGCACGAGCGCGUAGUAAUGAAGCGCUCGUGAUCAACCGAUGCGCCUCAUAAACAAAGUUUCUUUGACGUCGCAGUAAAUAUAAUAGCACUUUGCGGUUUUCCAGAAGAGCGUAACGUCUAUCUGAAAACACGGACUCGUUAAUAAGCCGGUAAGAAGAUUAAAGCCAUGACGGGUAGAGAGGACGAGUAUGACUAUCUCUUUAAAGUGGUUCUGAUCGGGGACUCGGGUGUGGGCAAGAGUAACCUGCUCUCUCGCUUCACCCGCAAUGAGUUCAACCUGGAGAGCAAGAGCACCAUCGGGGUGGAGUUUGCCACUCGCAGCAUCCACGUGGAGGGCAAGACCGUCAAGGCCCAGAUCUGGGAUACGGCUGGACAGGAGAGAUACAGGGCCAUCACGUCGGCGUAUUACAGAGGUGCCGUAGGAGCCCUGCUGGUGUAUGACAUUGCCAAGCAUCUGACCUAUGAGAACGCCGAACGCUGGCUGAAAGAGCUGCAGGAUCAUGCUGACAGCAAUAUUGUCAUCAUGUUAGUAGGGAACAAAAGUGACCUGCGCCAUCUGAGGGCCGUUCCGAUGGAUGAAGCCAAAGCCUUUGCAGAGAAGCAUGGACUUUCUUUUCUGGAGACCUCAGCGCUGGACUCCUCUAAUGUUGAGCUUGCCUUUCAGACCAUUCUCACAGAAAUCUACCGUAUCGUGUCCCAGAGGCAGAUGUCAGGGCGCGGUGAUGACGGCUUCUCCCCCAGCUCAAAAGUGGUUCCCAUUACCGUGCAGCCCACACAGAAUUCGGGCAAGCAGGGCGCCUGCUGUCAGAAUAACUGAGCUGCCGCAGCGCCACCAUGGGAUCCGUGGAAAAUCGGCAACUUUGUUGGGCUGGGCUGCAAGGUUGACCCGUGUUCCCUGCGCACAAUGUGAUUAAUGUAUGUAACGGACUUGCUUAGCUAUGCCCAGAGUAAGUGAGUAGUAAUCUUCAAAAUUGGAGAACAAGAGAUGUUGAAAUUGAACGGAUUAAGGAUUUUCUCAGAACUGAGAGGCCAUGCUUCUUGUUUCAGACUAAUUAGAAAUGAGCAGUUAACUGGGACGCUCAGACGUGGCUGCUCUUUUUUUUUUUUUUAUUAUUAUUCCCGCACUUUUUGCUACAGACGGUCUGCUUACAAACAAUGGGCUGAGGAACAAGGAAAAAGUGCUUAGAGUGCAUAACGCUUCUUUUGAGUAUCUCUUAAAUGGUUUUUGAUCACACUUGUGAAAUCAUAUAUAUUUUUUUCCUUCCUUUAGCGUGCCAGCACAGAAGUAGUCUGACAUCUUUUCCAUGCAUCUCGACACCUGAGAAAUUCAAACUGUGGUCAUCAUAACCGCCUUUUUCGCUCAACUCUUACAUCGAACAGCAUCUCUUGUAUUUAUUGAAUGCAAAUAUGAUCUUGUUAUUCUAUGGUGGGAAUUUUUUUCCUUUCUUUUUUGUCAUGCUUUUAUCCAUCAGUAGAUUAUCGAUCGGAAUUUCUCAAGGGUUUCUCCUUCCAGUCAUGGCACUCAUUUGUACAAGCGCUGGGAGUGUUUUCUGUGGACAGAGUCGUGUUAAUAGGUUAAGUUAAUGGCCGUGUGUGCUGUAGUGUAAUAAGAAUAUAGUGUGUUCAGAUUUAGGGUUUGGGAAGCGCUGACUAGUUCUUAAAUGAUCUGAUUAUUUCUAUGACACUCGAUUCGGUUAACGGUUCUUGAACUUGUGUUUUCUACAUCUCUGAUAUUUAUGCAUAAUAAAAUAUGCACAAUAGAACAACUUAAAA